AAAUGAUAUGCUGUCGCUGUAGUUAUUGUGUGUGUGUGUGUGUGUGUGUGUGUGUGUGUGUGUGUGUGUGUGUGUGUGUGUUAUAUAAUAUGAUUAAGUCAGUGUGAGGUUAACCCUUUCCUCUGCUUUAUAUUUUUAUUUUAAUGACUCUGAGCUCUGAAUACCAAUUAUCGAUAAAUAAACAAUGAAUGACGCGGUUACAGACCCCCUCCCCUCCCCUUCUCUCUUCCUCUCCUCCUCCUCUUUCUCUCCUCUCCUCCUCCCCCCUCCUCCCUCCAUCUCCUCUCUCUGCACUCGACAGGCGGCAGGAUGGACGUCGUAAAUCAGGUAGAAACCUUUAGCAUCUUUCCUUCAUUUUUUCUUUAUUCUGAUUCAUCUUUUCAUCCUUUGUGUGCGCGCACCGCUCAGGGUGUGUUCGUGUCGUGAUUCGGGAUUCAUGUUUGUGUUUGUCUGCGGUGGAGCCUCGGUGUGUCGGGCCGCAGCACGGAGGGAUGAGACAGGGAGCGGACGGACAGAUAACCGUCAAAUCUCAGACCGGAGGAGGAUUUCUCUCUGAUUUGAUCUCGGUCUGAUAUUUGACUUGGGGGGUGCUGGAAGGAGAUCUUUUCGGGGUUUCUGAGGGUGUGCGGGGCUCUUACUGCAGGAGGUGCUGACUUGGAUGCGCGGCGGAAUGUGGGCUCUUUACCCUGUGCGCUGUCUGCAGGACGACCGACCGAAAAAACACCAGGCUUUAACCUGCUCCUGUUUGCGUGAUGAAAUACUGUACUGCUGUGUGUGUGUGUGUGUGUGUGUGUGUGUGUGUGUGUGUGUGUGUGUGUGUGUGUGUGUGUGUGUGUGUGUGUGUGUGUGUGUGUGUGUGUGUGUGUGUGUGUGUGUGUGUGUGUGUGUGUGUGUAAAAUGGCAGCCGAAGGAGGAGGAGGAGGAGGAGGGUGCAGUGAUGAUGCUGAUGUUGUUGUUGUUUCUGCGGGUCGAACUGGUUCUGCUCUUUCUUGUCGUUUUCAAACCGAACCUUCCCGUGUUUUAUCCCGGUAAUAACCCAGUUUAACCCAGUUUCACACGGGAUCACCUCCUCCUCCUCCCCUCCAGAAGUAGUCAUAAGAUGGAGACCGAGAGAGAAACAGUUUCUAGCAACAUUCCUCAAACACAGCUUCAUCACUGUGAAAUCACAGCAGUAAUACUGCUACAGAAAUGCAGUAUUCCUGAUCUGCUCAUUAAAAAAAAAACUUUGUUAAACUGCACUAAUCAUUCAAAAUUACGUCAAUAUAAACACAGUACUGGUUUACUGGUAUUUGACUGCUCUAUUACUGCAAUAUAAUGGCAGUGUUGACUUCAAUAUUAUUAAAACAUCACUGCAUUUACUGAAAAACUACAAUUUAACUGCAACAAAAAUAUUUACUCCAAAGGAUAUCCACAGGAUACAGGGAUGUACAAUCAUAGUUGCUAUUAUCAUUAUUGUUUUGUUGUUGUUUUGUUAUUUUUACUGUGGUGAUUAUUUCUAUUGCUAUUAUUAUUAUCAUGAUUAAUAUUACUAUGAUAUUUAUUUAAACCAUUAGUGUAGGAGGAGGGGUGGGACUAGAUAGGUCUCGACUUCUUCCCACUCCUUUUUGAACAUAAUCAAUCAAUCAAUUAAUCAAUCAAUCAAUCAAAGGUAAACACUGUUAAGGUUCAGGCUGUUAAUAAGUCAUUAAAGGGCUGUAAAGCUGAUGUGUUUUUUAUCUUACUCCAUGAUGAUGAUAAUAUUUACCUGUCAGUCUGUGCUGAGAGAUUGAUCAGUCAUCCUUAAAAAGCCACGUUCUAUUUUAACUCCAACAUUUAUAUUUACUCACUUUACUCCUCAUUUCCAUCUAUUCAAAGUCAAAACGUUCAUCUCUGUCCUCUUCAGCUCAGAUCACUGAUCACAUUAAUUGUGUUUCUUAAUUGGUCUUUUUUUACAGACUUUUUUAAUGGAUGCUGUCGGCAUGGUAGCUGAUCUGAGGUCAGAUUAUUGGAUCUGAUCAGACUGAAAACAGCAGAGCAACCUGAGAGCUCAUAUCGACGUGUUUGUUACAACAUUGGAGCAUCUGUCAGUCCGGUUAUCAGUGUUUUUAGUAUUUAAAGGGGAUCAGACUGACCUCAGGUCUGUUUCCUGAUUCCUUGUUUAAUAGUAUAAACAGAUUUGUAUUUCCUCAGAUGAAGCUGUUGGAUGUGAAUUAAAAAAACUCCUUUCAUUGGUAUUUUUGUGUUGCUGAUGUUCUGGGUUAUAUCACACAUUUAUGCAUAUUGAUGACAUUAUUGUAUCUCUAAUAUUAACAUGUCUGUCUGGUCAGACGCCGUUGUAGCUACUGAAUGAUUGGGCCAGAAUUUGUGUUCUUUGCAAUCAUUUUAAAGUGAACAUUUGACUGUUUUUAUUGUUUUCAUGCACUUUCUAAGGUCUGGCACCAAAGUGUGACACCAAAGGUGACGUUUUCUCUAUGCUGCGGUUUUAAGAUUUCAGACUCGAAAUGGACCUAUCACACCUGGACAGACAUUUGUUUCACAACAAAUAUAAGGCAACAUAAUGCCUCCACUUAACUCUCCACCGGACGGUGUUGGAUGCUUUUGGCUAUCCCAGAAAAGAACCGAACUGGAUGGUCGGGUUUCCACCAACGACGCCACUCUGCCCUGGCCUGGCCCGUCCCUCAUCUCCGACUCGGUGCCCCCCUUAUGUGCGCUGAAAGUCCAUCCAGGAAGAUGACCAGGACUGGCCUCGGCUUGGUGCGAAACCGAAAGUUCCGGACUGUUCCACACCUGCGUCCCGGGAACCUUGGACCAUCAUUCGGGGUAAGAAGCCUUGUCGGAACAACUCCCGAACUCCUCCAUCUGGAUCUUCUCCUCCCUCAAGGACAAUCCAGCUGGGAGCAGGUUCGAGGUACUGAGAAAGAUGAACAAGAAACUAUCCAAUAACCUGGAGCCUUCUGCCAAUCCUGUCCCAGCAUCACCGAAGCCCCUGUCACAGGGUCCAGUCAGAGCCAAGUGACCCACAGCCCCAGCCUACCACUCUGGUGAUAGGGGACUCCAUAAUCCCGAAUGUCCGAUCGGGCUCAGCGAUAACUUGUUUUUUUCCUGGAGCUACAGUCUGCAACAAAACCAGUAAAACCACUGAAGUCACCGCAACCAGACCAGGAAUCACCACAGUCAUAAUCCACAUCAGUACAAAGUGACAUCCACAGGCAGCAGUCUGAGCUCCUGAAAGCGGACUUGGUCCACUUAACCACGACACUCCAGAGAUCUGUGAACCACAUCCAGAUAUCCAGCCUCAUUCCCUUCGUUGGCCAUGGCUGUGGGCGUUUCAGCCGGCUGCUGGCACUGCACACCUGGCGGUCAUCAACCUGCCACCCAUGGUGUCAACUACAUCGACAUCGACUACAUCGACAACUUUGACCUGUUCAGGUGCAGGAGAAAUCUUCUUAGGGGUGACGGUGUUCAUCCCAAUUGUCUGCGGGCAAAACUGCUCACAGGAAACAUUUUUCAUGGCGUCCUCCACCCACGUGCAACACUCUCUAGUCACCACAAAUCACCACACACCUGUCAAUCAUAGAUAUGGAUAUAUUUAUAAACGCUUAAUGGCUUACUCACACUGUUAGCCAAUGGAGACCGACGUAUACGCAUGGCAGCCAUUUUGCUACGAGACGCUCGCCCACUCCUAACAUUCCAGUCUACGGUGCAUGUAGAAUUUAAAUAACCAAAGAUUGCUUCAUUUUUAACCAAUUUUCAAACGGUUUGGUUUGUAACAAACCUCAGGGUUUUGGGUAUGUUCCUGCAUACUCAAGAAUAAUUUUAACCAUGGAUUUUCAGAUAGAUGUAGACCUACACACACAAGGCAGCUAUACUAAAUCAUUUAUAUAUAAAACAUUUAAUCAUUACAUGUAUGUUAUAUUAGUAAUAUUUCUAUAAUAGGGAUAACUAUUAUAACAUAUAGCAACAACAUAUAUAUGAAUAUUUAUUUUCAAUAUAAAUUUCUGCCUCAUUUUGCCAUUUUAGAUGUUUUUAACAAACCAAACAGUUUGGAAAUCAUGUAAAACUUCAGUUAUGUUGAAUCAAAAGAGCAUUUCUGCCUCUUUAACUGAUGUCAAAUUACUGGGUCAACUUUGUAAUAUGUACUUGGUCUCACUCACAGCGAGUCUGUUAGCCAAGUUAGACAGCUGAUAAACACAAGCACAUCCACAAAGACUGACACUUAGACUAAAUGAAUAAAUAAAAAUAGACUGUCAUACAAGAAAUUAAAAUCUCGAUUGUGGUCUCAGCCUUGACAAAGCGACUCAAAGUUAGAAACAACUCUGCUUCAUGAUUAAGUCUUUUUUUCUUAAAGUAAAUCUGCCAUUUUGAUAUGUCCAAGCAUCCCAACUCAUAGCCACAUCAUGAAGGUCUGUAAUAAACAAAACCAUUUGUAAGUCUGUCAAGAUUUCAGCGAGUUAAGAGUAUUUGUGAUCAUGCAGAUUACUCACCUCCCGUCAGCUACCAUAGAGCGAACCAGAAUGGUAUACUGGAGUAAGAUAGCCGUCGUGUAGGGACGGCAGUGACUCUGCCUCAAAGAAUCAUCUAAGCAUUUCUUAUAGAUAUCUAUGCUGUUCCCUCUUAUCAGUUCCACUACUAUUGAUGUCCCCCUGGGUCAUAGCACGAGCGUGAUUGGUUCCCACACAUCAGCCACAAUCCCAUUUUAACCAGAAACUCACAGCAGCACUUGAUGUUGUUGCACCUCUCAAGAUAAAAAAAAAUUAAAACAAGCAUAAAACCUCCGAAGUGAACAAAUGAUGUUCUCAGUUUGAAAAGAAAAUGCAGAACUGCUGAAAGAAGAUGGAGGAAAAACAAACUAACAGUUAACUAUCAGAUAUUUUGUGAAAUAAUCACUCACAACAAGGCAGUAAAACAAACACAACUGGAGCAUUUUUCAAAAUCAAUCACAGUGAGUCACAAUAACGCGAAAGUCCUUUUUUCAACCAUUGACCAAUGAACCAACCUUUUAGCUCUGAUUUGUCACGUGAAGACCUUAACGUCCACUUCAGAAGUAAAAUCGAUUUUAUCAGGUCACAUUUUUAAAAACGUAAUGCUGUUAAUUUUAACUCGUUUGAGCUUUUAAAUGAGGAAACAACAGAGAGGUUUUAGUUCUGUGUUUGUAUUUUAGUAUCCCGCUUGAAUGGACAAACCUUUGUGUUACAGUCUGUGUAUGAAAAGUGCUUUAUAAAUAAAGUUUGAUUGGUUGAUUGUUUCCUCUUCGUUAAUCAUGGUGUGCUGGUAGUCUGUCUUUAUGUUUUAUUUUUCUGGUUCAUCUCAGUGAAACUCUGACUGUAAUUUAGAGGUGUUUUAAAUGUUUUUAAGGUGUUUUUAAGGGUUUUUAGGUGUUUCAUUUUUUUAGUGUUACAGCAGUGAGUCUGUUAUUCAGAGCGGUGCACUGAGACUUAUGUGUUUGUGUUUUUGUGCAGCUGGUGGCUCAGGGUCAGUUCAGGGUGCUGAAGGUUCCUCUGGGCUUCAUCAAGGCCUUACAAUGGGUGAGUCCAUCACACCUACAGCACUAAAUACUACACAACACUGUCUUUGUGACAUCCAUGAAACCAGGACUGCACACGUCAUCCUGCCACAGAAAGACGUUGAUGUGCGAAGGUCCAAAAGCGCUCCAGCUGUGCUGCUCUGAUUGGUGCCUGCAUAAGAGGUUAAUGACCUCACAGACGUGCACUGUAUUCACCACAAGUUUAAAUCAGUAUACUUCAGCAUUAAACGGAUAUUCCAACGUAAAAAUUGUUGAGGGUCAAACACACCGUAACACUGAGUUAGACCCCCCCUCCAGAGAUGAAUGUUGCCGACCACUUGCUUCUCUAGUUAUACCAACUUUAGUAACGACCACAGGAUAGCAAUACAAAGCGGUCUGAGGAGCCAUAAACAAACCUCAACCAAAACGCCACUCUAUAGCCUUAAAUAAUGCUCAGAACAGCACCUAACUUCACCAACAGUACAUAUAGGGUCCCAGACAUAGUACUAGCCACCAAACAUCUUUUUAACUUUGACUAAUUUCGUUAGCAAAGAGACUAAACACAACUCACCGUCGCUCCUCCAGCAGCCGCAUGUUUGUAGCGAGACCUCAGGCCAGUCCAUUACGGACUGCAGCGGGGUGACGCAGCUCAAGGAAGAACAUUUAUGAUCAUUACUUUAUCAUUUCUUUGAAGUAAUAAUAAUCAUAUUAAUCAUUUUGCACUGCAGAUGUGGUAGUUUGGUAGAUCAUAAAUGUUCUUCCUUGAGCUGCGCCACCCCGCUGUAGUCCCUAAUGGACUAGCCUGAGGUCUCGCUACAAACAAGCGGCUGCUGGAGGAGCGACGGUGAGUUGUGUUUAGUCUCUUUGCUAAAGAAAUUAGUCAGAGUUAAAAAGAUGUUUGGUGGCUAGUACUAUGUCUGUGACCCUAUAUGUCCUGUUGAUGAAGUUAGGUGCUGUUCUGAGCAUUAUCUGUGGCAAUAGAGUGGCGUUUUAAUUGAACGCGUGGGUCUCUGUAUUGCUACCCUGAGGUCGUUUCUAAAGUUAGUAUAACUGGAAAAGCAAGCUGUCAGCAACAUUCAUCUCUGGAGGGGGUGUCUAACUCGGUGUUGCAGUGUGUUAGACCCUUAAUUAAUUUUGCGCCAGAAUAUCCCUUGAAACAUGCACAUUUGCUUUAUAUUAUUCUAAAAAAAGUCAACACUGGAAUGCUUUAUCUCUGCAACGCUUGAAUGGUAGUGUUUCAAGACAGAGAGGGCAUACAUGUUAAUAAUCAGAGGGCAGAGACACCCUGGCCACCCCUGUCAAAAGUCUGGACCCGCCCCUGCAGGGACCUGAUCGCUCAUCAGUUUACUUUCAAAGAGUUGAACUCUCACUAAACUAAGGCUAGAGGUAAAUCUGUAAACCUCAAGGAAUUCUGAAGAUAGAGUCGCUCAGUUUCUUCAUACAGAGCUGUUUUCACAUGGAUGGCUGUUUGUCUCCACAUACCAGCCCUGUGACAGACAGACAAGUUACCUGUCCAGGUGUACCUGCCUCCCGUCCACUGAAAGCGGAGCUCCAGGCCCCUCCACAACCCUGAAUAGGCUGAAUGGGAUAGAUGAUGGAUGAAUGAACAACAAUAAUAGUGAGCCAGGUUCAUAAACAAGUAUCAGUGUGUGAGGUCCCAAUAGCCCACUCCCACUUCCACUCCAAACUCAGAGGUUUUGGACGCCACCUCCACGCCAUUGCAUGAACAGAGUGUGUGUGUAAGGGGCGGCUGUUAAAAGGCCUCCUGUUAAAGUGCCCUUCAGCAUCACAAUGAACCUUCCUGUGCAGCAAACACACACACGAACAAACACACACUCACAGAACCAAGCAGGGAUUGAACAGAAAGUCUGACUGUGACCAUCUGCUCUCUCUGUGUGUGUGUGUGUGUGUGUGUGUGUGUGUGUGUGUGUGUGUGUGUGUGUAUGAAGCUUCUGCUUUAGCAUGUAGCUUCUCCUGCUCUAAUAAAAAGUAGAGCAGCAGGAGUUUCAGGACUGAGCCUCAAACUGAACCCUGGAGUUAGAAUCCACAGUUGGUGUUCUGGGUGAUGAAGAUGAGGAUGAAGAUAAGGGCGAUGAUAUUGAUCACCCCCCUCAGUUCCAGCUUCCUCUCUGAAUUUCUAUAGAUAGAAGUACUGAUGAGUCAUGAUCCUGCAGGAGGUCCAGUCUUUGUUUUUCCUCCAUUUCAACCAAACCUCAUUCAAAAAACGUCUAAUUUAAUCCACAGUGAACCUGCACAGAUUGUUUCUGUUUAUCCCCUGUCCCCCUAACAUUAAUUAUCUUGGAUAACCACUGACAAGACUUGACUUCAGUCAUCAGGCUGAGACAUUAUGAGGGAAUAAAGGUCGGUGUCUUCAUUAAGACUAAUUCUUGUCUCCUCUUACAGUUCUUCGCCAUCUUUGCCUUCUCCACCUGUGGGAGUUAUUCUGGGAUGUUCAGGCUCUCAGUGGAGUGCAAGAACCGCACAGACAGUGACCUGAGUAUAGAGGUGGAGUUUGAGUACCCAUUCAGGUCAGUUUUGACCCCAAACACACUCAGCUGACAGUGAAUUUAUGAAAGUGAAAUGUUGUCCCAGGUUUGCUCCUCUGACAUCCAUGAUUUAUCAGACCACGGGAAAGUUUCCCACUUCAGCCCACUGUCUGCUUCGACUACAGAGCCAUGCUGUUGUAAUCCCUGCAGACAUGGACUCUCAUGAUCCCCAGCCCAUGACUGGGCUUGUGCGCAUAAAAACAGAGAGAGUGAAGUGAAAAUUAACUUUAACCCUGAAUUUCCACUGCAUCCGGAACGGCUGCGAUUUUCCCCGCCCACCAAUUUCUACUGGGUCCGUUUGUGAGGUGAAUUUCGUGGCAGAUUACGGACAGCAGGAAUCGCGAGGAACUCACAAGAACCCACGGAUUCACAUGCAAUCACACAAUAACGAGUUGUCCCUGUAAAGCCAGAUAACCAUAUAGAUUGUGUCCUUCUAGAGGAGGAAAUCUACUUCUCGACUUCUAGAAUCAGCAUUUCCUCAUUCGUGGUGUCAUCGGGGUGAAAUGACGUCUAUCAACCUUUAAAUUGUUCGUCUCCGCCCGUUUGCAUGGUGUGAAAUACGAUCCGUCUGAAACAAGGAGUGUUUUAUUUUGUAAAGAAGCCGAAUGUGGAGUCCGGCGAUCCGCAGAGGAACGGAAAGAAGCCGGUGGAAAUUGAUAUUUUAUCUUGAAUGGUUACGAUCAGCUAAGAUCAGAGGGUACGACCUUUUUGUAGCCAAUCCGGAUGCGGUGGAAAUUGAGGGUAACUCAAAGUUAUUCCCAGUCUGCUUGUAUUGGUCUCACAGACUCACAUAUGCUCCGUCUGUCGGUCAGUGAAAUGAUUGUGAGUCGUGUUGGACACCCCCUUCUUAAACCCCUCUCUUGUUUCCUCUUACAGACUUCACCAGGUGUAUUUCGAUGCCCCUACCUGUAAGAACGGGAACACGGACCGAUGCUUCCUGGUUGGCGACUACUCCUCCUCGGCUGAGUUCUUUGUCACCAUCGGCGUGUUCGCCUUCCUCUACUCCACGGCGGCUCUCAGCAUCUACAUCUUCUUUUUUGAGAAGUACAAGGAGAACAACAAAGGACCGCUAAUUGUAAGUUCAGAGUUCAGAUCGUCUCUCUGAUAGGUGAGCCAGGUGAGCUCUAAAAGCCCCAUAACUGAGUGUGUGUGUGUGUGUGUGUGCUCAGGACCUGGGUGUGACCGCCGUGUUUGCCUUCAUGUGGUUGGUGAGUUCGGCAGCCUGGGCCAAAGGUCUGUCUGAUGUGAAGACGGCAACUGACCCCGAUGAAGUCAUCACUUUGAUCCCAGCCUGCGAUGAGGCAGGGAACCGCUGCCGUGAAGUCCACGACCCGGUCAUGUCUGGACUCAACACCUCUGUGGUAAGAACCUCCCUGAGAAUAUAGACUUAGACAUGUCUGCGUGGACUCAACACAGAAAGACGUGUCUGGGCUCACUCUGCAUCCACCUGAAGAAAGGCGUCUGGACCGAGGGGCCCCUGGUCCACAGGGGCUAUCCCAUCAUACAUUUCUGUUUCUGUUGAGCCGCCAAAUCGAAAAUGGUCCCUCUUCUCUCACAGGCUUUCGGCUUCAUUAACCUGAUCCUGUGGGUGGGAAACCUCUGGUUCGUCUUUAAGGAGACGGGCAUCAUCGCCCCCUUUAUGCGAGCCCCGCCUCCUCAGGACAAAGCAGCUGCACCAGAUGCCUAUGGCCAGCAGGGUGGAUACGAACAAGACCCCUACGCAAGCAAUCAGGGAGGCUACCAACCUGACUACAACCAGCAGGGAUACAACCAGGUGAGGGUUCAACAGUCACUUAUGGGUAGGGUUAGGUAUCGAGAAUCGAGUAUCGAUGGGGACCGGGACGAACAUUUCGAUUCUCCCGGUAUCAUUCAAAUUUUAAAAUUUCGAUUUCAAGUUUCGAUGCCGGAGUCCACCGACCGGAAGAAAUAGCCCCCGAACACCAACAAAGAAGAAGCCGCCGAACACCAACGAGGACGGAGCGUAUGAGACGAAGCCGCAGAGGGAGAAGAGAGACAGAGAGAGUGCAUUGCAACCCACAGCAAUGCAGCUGCUGAGGGUUGUAAUGCACUCUCUCUCUCUCUCUCUCUCUCUCUCUCUCUCUCUCUCUCUGUCUCUCUCCUCUCUCUGUGUGGCCUCGUCUCAUACGCUCUGUCCUUGUUAGUGUUCGGCGGCUUCUUCUUUGUUGGUCAAAAGUUUGACUAACUUGAGCUGGAAGAAUGAGCUCUUAUCUCAGUGCAACAUUAGCAAUACAGUUAUAUCAUGUAAAGGAAGGUGAACGUCCAACAUGAUUAAACACCUCAGGAUUCAUGGAGGAGAAAUACCCGAGUGCUUGUCUCUUGACGCGCUUCACUGGUGUUGUGUGGUAGAAUGCACCCCUGCCAUAGAAUGCCCCCCUGACGGAAGCGCGGUUGAAAGUACAUAAGGCGAAAUAAUCCAAGUUUUCCUUACCCUUGGACGGAUUGGUGUGUGCCUUUGAUGAUUUCAUUCAGGCUAUUCAGAUAAGCCGAAAACAACAGCCCUCUGAUUAAGGAUAUUUGCUGUCCCGAAAAUAUAAUGUUCUCUACCUUGACAGCUUACUGUAGAGUUUGUACACCCAAGUACAUCUCGAUAUGCGCAUUUUUGAGACACAUAAAAACAAAAUGAAAGUUUGCUGCUCCAUUUGACAUGUUGUCAUGAUCUAAUACUCGUGUUUUUUUUUAAAUAUGAGAUCAUUGUCUUCCACUAAGAAGCUAAUGAGUGGAGGGGAGGCAUUCUACGGCAGGGGCGAUUGCUCUAAGACUGCAAGGGAAGCUCAGCUUCCCUUAAAAUGUCACCCCCCCCAAAAAAAGAAAAAGUGGUGAAAUACGUACUGCUGUGUGUACAUGUCAUGAACUAAAUACGCGCUAGAAAGCCUUCAACUUUUGUUCAGAAUCAGCUUCUUAUCACACUGUGAUAAGAAGCUGAUUCUGCACAACUUCGUUCUCAUUCAUCCUCGCAGCGCCUCAGCGCUUUACACAGCCGGACGCUCAGCGUCUGCUGACUUCAAUGUGGAAGCUCAAAGUGGGUUGUUCCAGCAGCGAAACUAGACGCUCAUUGGAUAAAUGCUGGGCUUUGUCCCGCCCAUCGGACGCUCAGCUUCUCUGGAGUUCGAUGGCGAGAGGGCAGUCCCGACUUUCUCCCGGACUCCGAGCUUCUGCAUCCAUGAUUGGAUGAGCUGUCUGAGGUGAAAUCCUUUUUUGAUUGACAGCUAAACAAGCGAAUCAGCGAUCUUGAAGAAUAAAACAUCUACCAGAGCAUUUUCCAAGUUAUUCAUUCCGUUGUUCUUAACUGCUCCGGAGACUUUACCGAUCCUCAGCGACUUUUGUCUUUGUUAAAAACGACUGCCGUUGUGUUUGGCGACUCUGUUCUGUUACAUACAAAUAAACAAACACAAUUAUGAUGUAGGCCAGAAAAAUGAGCUUCCCCUCCUUGAAAGACCAGCAGCCACCACUGAUUCUACAGCACAACAUCUGUCUUCCGCUAACCAGCCAGAAUCAGAUAAGUGAAACAAUAAACUACUUCUGUCCUUUGAUAACUUUGAAGCAGCAAACUAUUUGUACUGUGUCAACUUAAAUAUCCAACUAACGUUAGCCCUUGUAAUUUUUCAUAGACAAACGACCUGACAACAAAAACUGAUAUUUAUAUACUGGUUGAAAACAGCCCUGUGAGAAAUUCAUAGUAAGGUUCUUAAAAAGUUAAUAGAAUUUGAAAAUUCAUGGAGAAGUUAAGAAAUUUCAUCCAAAAAGAAGAACUCCAGUUAGCACCGUUAUUUAAACCAUGCAUUUUUUAUCCUGCUUUUUAAAAGAAUCGAAAUAGAGAAUCGAUAGGAAUAGGAAUCGAAAUGAGGAAUUGAAAUCGGAAUUGUUCAAAAUCUAACAAUACCGAACCUUACUUAUGAGGCAGCGCUGCAUGGAUCAGGCAGCAGCAGCAUAGAUGCUCCUCUACCUCCUGUGUUACAAGGUGGAUAGUUUUGUUUUCAGUCAGGACCGCAUUAGUCCAGUUCCUCAGCAGGACUCACCCUGUUGUAAUCCCUGCUGUCAGAAUGUGGUUUGGGAUCAUAUGAAGGUCUUCCCUGAAAAAGUCUUUGUCUGAAUGGCAGCAGAUGUUGCUCCUAAACCUGGAGAUACUGUUUAAAACUGAGGAUGCAGCAUCUAUAAUUUCCAGUUCUGCAUUGAAAGGACAACUGGACUUACUUGGGACAUUUCGCCUGUAAGUCCAGUUGUCCUUUCCAAAAAAGUGUUAGAUUUGGAUUCAUCAGACCUCAGGACAGUUUACGGACAAGUGAUAUUAAACCCAUGAGUCCUGAUGCUCCUAAACCUGGAGAUAUUAGUCAGCAUUGAAGGGAUUUUCCGACGCAAAAUUAAGUGAGGGUCAAACACACUGUAACACCAAGUUAGACACCCUCUCCAGAGAUGAAUGUUGCCGACCGCUUGCUUCUCUAGUUAUACCAACUUUAGUAACGACCACAGGAUAGAAAUACAAAGCGGUCUGAGGAGCCAUAAUCAAACCUCAACCAAAACGCCACUCUAUAGCAAUAAAUAAUGCUCAGAACAGCACCAAACUUCAUCAACAGGACAUAUAGGGUCACAGCCAUAGUACUAGCCACCAAACAUCUUUUUAACUUUGACUCAUUUCUUUAGAAAAGAAACUAAACACAACUCACCUACUCUCUUCCAGCAGCAGCUUGUUUGUAGAGAGACCUCAGGCCAGUCCAUUACGGACUACAGCGGGGUGACGCAGCUCAAGGAAGAACAUUUAUGAUCAUUUCUUCAUGGAAAUACAAUCAGACCGAGACGCUAAGGCAGAAGAACUACCACAUCUGCAGUGAAAAAUGAUUAAUAUGGUGAUUUUUACUUCAAGGAAAUGAUAAAGAAAUGGUAAUAAAUGUUCUUCCUUGAGCUGCGUCACCCCGCUGUAGUCCGCAAUGGACUGGCCUGAGGUCUCGCUAUGAACAAGCGUCUGCUGGAAGAGAGAAGGUGAGUUGUGUUUAGUCUCUUUGCUAAAGAAAUUAGUCAAAGUUAAAAAGAUGUUUGGUGGCUAGUACUAUGGCUGGGACCCUGUAUGUCCUGUUGAUGAAGUUAGGUGCUGUUCUGAGCAUUAUUUGUGGCUAUAGAGUGGCGUUUUGGUUGGUGUUUGUUUAUGGCUCCUCAGACCGCUUUUUAUUGCUAUCCUGCGGUCGUUACUAAAGUUGGUAUAACUAGAGAAGCAAGUGGUCGGCAACAUUCAUCUCUGCAGGGGGUGUCUAACUCGGUGUUAUGGUGUGUUUGACCCUAAAUUAUUUCAUGCCGGAAUAUCCCUUUAAUGGAGCCUUCACAGAUGUGUAAGAUACCCAGGACCUGGACUCCAGGGACACAAGAUUUGGACUAGGUCCUUUUGGAGUUGGAUUUGUAGGUACAGCCAGCAUAAAAAGCCACAGUUACUGAACUGAGCAUCAGUAAGUCCUCCCUAACAGCCUGUAGCUGCUGUCUGCAUCCCCAAUGUUUCAUUAAUGGUUGAGAUGAAAAUAAGAAUUGAUUCUAGGGCGGGUUAGUUUGGGCCAUUCAGGGAUUCAAACAGAGGUGACCUGACAAAAACUGAAUCCUCGUCCAGACAGAAUAAUUAAUCCAGAAUAUUGAUCCAGACCAAAGACUGGACCCUGUCCGCUCAGCAGCUGCUGACUGAUAGACUGUUUCAAAGACAGAAAUAAGGAGAACAAAUACCAGCAAAGACACACACACACACACACACACAUUAUGACAGUGUUUUUGUAUGGUUGUGUUUCCUGCAGGAUGCAGAAUACGGUCAGGGCUAUGGCCAGCAGGGGGCGCCCACCUCCUUCUCCAAUCAGAUGUGAGCUGACAGGCAGCAGGUGAGUCACACAGGAAGUACAGAGUGAGAAGAUUCACAGGCUCAAUCCCAAACCGCCCCCUAAACACUUGCCCUAUACACUCUCCCUCUGUUUGCGAGUCCCCGCGGAGGCUCCGCCAUAUUGAAGGCUGUCCUAAACAACAGAGUGUGGAGGGCGAGUGGACUGUUCAGCCCUUCAACAGCGAGUCUGCACCGAUGCUUACGCACGGCAGGAUUUGCAGGUAGUGCGCCGGCAAAAAUGGAGGAGGAGGAAACAACAUACAAAUAUAAGUUCCGUAUGUGUCCACCUUUGUCUAACUGACAAAAAAAAAAAAAAAAACACAGAAGACGUGGUUUGGAAAGAUCAAAAGAAAGUCCGAAAUCCUACUCUGUGCUGACAUUUGUUUUGAUUGUGCAGGCACAUGUCAAAUAGUAAAGGGGUUCAAAGACGUGUGGAAUCACUAACAAUCAGAAGCAUAAUUUAGCUCCUGUCACUGUAAUGGUUGUUAAUGGAUUUAUGAUUUUACUGGAAGGAUGAAGAAACGAGGCAGAUGGCUCAGAACGGAACACGAUGUCCGUUUACUAAGAAAAUAAACGCUGCCUUGCACAGGACGCGUCCUUAUGUUACUAUGGCAAUGAAUCUUUCCAUUUUCCAGUGGAGUGAGGAGGGUGUCCCAUACCUGCCCGUCUUGUUUAUACCCUCCCAUUUCAAUUGAGGCGCACUCCACAGCUGCGAGUGUAACUUCAUUACAAGUGACACUCGGUAGUGAAGGGCGAGUGUGUAGGGGUCGGUUUGGGAUUGGGCCACAGUGUCAUUAGCUUCGAUCGGAGCUUCACUAAAUGUCGUGUUUGUGUUUCCUUCACAGAAAACGUCGGAGUGAACCAACAGUGGGUCGCCUGCAACCUACCCACAAUGCAACACUCCUGUCUGUCUGUAAAGUGAAAGGGUGGGGUGGUGGUGGGGGGGGGGGUUAGAUGUUCACUAUAAUGAAUCGAUGUGUAAACGAUAAGAAGAGAGUUAUAGAAAACAACCCACAACUUGAAAACAAGCACCAAAACAAUAACAACAACAAAACCGACCAAUAGGAAGGCUGCAAAGAAGCGAUGCUGUUUAUAAGAGUUAUUCAUAUUAAAGAACAUAAUCUGUGGAGAGAAUGAAUGUUUGUGUUGUAUAGAUAUCACUUUGAACAGAUAUAUAAUAUAGACUCAACUGUUUGUUGAUGUUUCCUAUUCUGACCCACCCCCCUCGCUAUGCCCCGCCCCCAACGACCAGGUUCACAUCAGCCUAUCAUGGAGCUGUUCAGACUGGGUUCACACUGAUUCAAAUGAAACCAGAUCAAAACAAUCAGCCCUGCGUCCACCAGCAUCACCUCCAGCUGUUUCCCGUUUGUCUUGCUGCAUGUAAAUAUCAACACAGGAAGUGAUGUCAUCCUGGAGGCGCGGUUAACCCAGUCUUGAUCAAGCUUCAUGUGGAAACUGGAUCCAAAAUGGCUCCCGUUCAAGUGUUUGAUCGAUGGGUUUGUUGACCUUCCUGCUUUGGCGAGUCGAAGAGCAAGGGCGUGUCCAGAGGGGCAAUCAGGGCCCUCCUUUCAGUCUGAGUGGCCACCCCAAGAGUAGAUAUGAUUGGGGGAGAAGGAAAAGUCAAUAAAUUCUUCUCAUUCCUGUGCCGGUGAUCGUACAAACAUGAAUCUCUGCCCCUUUACGAGUCACGCCCUCGCUGGGAUACCCUUCUGCCCAUGGAUGUGGACACGCCCCUGGUCUUAGCGCGCUGCACUAACGUCUGUCAGAAUUAUCAAGAAUUUACGCUGCGUUCAAGUUACCUCGGAAGUCACAAGUCCGAGCUGAAAAUGACUUCACACCCAAGUUCCCAGCUUUUCAGUUACCAUGUCAGAAAAAGCAAAAUCGGAGGCAGAAACAAGAUGGCUACAUCUACGAAAGUUAUGUCAGAGCUGGACCUGUCCGAAUAUAAGGCAAGCGCUGAAAUAAUUUUCAUAGACGUAACCAUCUUCUUUUAGGCCUCCGAUUUUGCUUUUUUCUGACUUGGUAACAGAUGCUGGGAACUCGGGUGUGAUGUCAUUUUCAGCUUAGACAUCUGGCUUCCGAAGUAACUCAACCGCAGCAUUAAUCCAAACACAAACACAGCGAGUGGGUUUUACUGGUUCUUCCAAUUGGUUUUAGUUUUGUCUUAAUGCUGGUGACCACACUUUUCUAAAUUUGGACUGACUGUGAAAAUGCAGAGUCCCAGCUGAGAUAGCUUCACUGUUAGCAUGAAUUACAGCUUUGAGGAGGCGUAAAGGUUAACUUGCUGUUUUGGAGUCGCAGAGUUGUUACGAAUAAUGACUUUUAUUACUCAGUUACCCAAAUAGCAACUGGCUGCAGACUAAACAAACUGCACCAGAGUCCCAGAACAGUAGGAGUACCAAGACUCGUUGAGUUAUUCGGGGUUUGAUUCAAAGCUGUCACGUCACGGCAAUCUAACCACGCUAACUUGGUGAACAGACUUAUUUUAGCCGAACGAAGCAGGUCAGACUCGAGGUUAGAGACUCAGCUACAACAUUGUUAGCUAACAGCAGCUUGGUUACAGUAUACGUCAUAUAGGACACAGUUUUCUUUUUUCAUAGUUGUGAUUUAUGCAUUAAUUGUUGGUUCCUACAACAUACCAAUGUGGCGCUAUGCUAACAGAAUAGUGAUUGAUGAUUGGUUAACAAGAUUUAAAUUGAUAAUAGGGCUCUGUGGUAAGCUAACACCUGCUUCACCGAAUCUUGUCUAACAAACACACUAGAGUCACAAAUUAAUACAGCCGCCUCAAAGGAACUUUCCUACCUCCUUGUCUCCUAGUUGGAGUAAAUGUUUUUGAUUCUUCAGACGGACGUUUCUGUUAGCUAACACCUGCAGUGUAUUUCCCGCCCCCUCAGCUCUCAGCCAAUCAGCUGCAGCUGUUAGCAGCUUUAAUAAUAAAAAUCUUCUGAGUCUGAAAAUUAAGGAAAACGCCGUUUCUUUGUUUGUUCUUUAUUUUUUUCUUUCUCGGAAAGUGGCAGUGUGUUUUAGCGUCGGUAUCUUCUUCCGCAUGGUGACGUGUUUUCUGCUCGUGUUGUACAGUAACUGAUGAUCAGUGUGAUUCUACUUCCUGUUCUCCUGUACAGGUGUGUGUGUGUGUGUGUGUGUGUGUGUGUGUGUGUGUGUGUGUGUGUGUGUGUGUGUGUGUGUGUUUUCACCUGCAUCACCUGUCCAAACUUCCUCUUUUUCUCUCUUUCAAUCGCUCUAUUAGAUCUCUUUCUUUCCUCCCCAUCACUCCUCAGACCUACCUCUUUAUUUUUCGGUUUAUGUUUCUUUUUCUUUAAAUUGACCUCAUACCGUCUUUUUUUAAUCACUUUUUAAACUUUUUGUCUAUUUAUUUUCCCCUCUCUCCGUCUUCUGACCUCUUAUAGCUGCUGUUCCUCUUUUCUCCUAAUGUUCACUGCUUUUGUUCCUCUCCUCUUCUCUUUCUCUCCUCCUUCGUUCUGUCGUUCCUCAUUGUGACUCUCCUCUCUGCCUCUGUGAUGUAUCCUGUGUGAUGAUAUUCUAUCCAGCAUCAGUAACCAUGGCGAUGGUGUUGACAGUGAUGACGAUGAUGAUGUGUGUGACUUGUUGCUAUGGAGACCCCCCCCCCCCCCCCCCCCCGCUGUGUUAAUCCUGUGUAAAGUUUCAAUAAACGACAAACUGAG